GCUAAAAGGUGAUUUCGUGCGCUGCUGCCGCUGUUCCUCUGAGUCCCGGCGGAGCGCUGGGAAAGCUGUAUCACUGGCGUAACUAGCUUGUUCUGGGUAGCGAUGCGUUACUCAGUUGUGGCCUCAAGUGUCCCUUCGGGGUUCUGAGGUCCAGCGACGUAUGGUCCCCGAUAAUGAACUCCACGAAGACAGGGACAGUGUCACCAUCGUCUCCCCCACUGCCCUGCCCAGUGCCUGCCAUCAAGUAGCCUGCAGUAGAUUGGAAGCCGCAGUGGUGAGACGCAGCAAAAGGCACAAUAAGAGCAUCUUCGCCAUCUCCACUGCCACAGGAUACUCCCAUGCAGGGGGAGCACCUCCAGGACUUUGUGUCUGUUGCUACCUCUACCUGGAAUGCCCACCCCCUCUUCUACUGGAAAACGACCCGUUCUUCAGGGACUCAGUUCUGGGAAGCCUUCCCCAGCGCAUCCAAAUACAGAAUGACAAAUGGAUGAGACAAUUGCUGGAGCUCAGAGGCUGGAGUCACCCAGUGUAUCUGGAACCAUGGCAGAACCGUUUCCUGUCCACAGAAGAGUCACAGCUACUGCCAGGAAGCCACCCACGGCAGAGAGGGAGGGGAAGAGGAGGCUCUUUUCUUCCACCCAGUGCCUCCCAUUGGUUGAGCCCAUCGAGAAGCCAACUGGUCCAGGAUCUUGGGAAACAGCUGCAGGACUUCAUUGCGUAGCAGGGGAGACAGGCCAGUAAUGAGACAAUUACAGCCCAGGGUGGCCAGGGCUCUGCUGGAGGGAUGCAAGAAGAACUUUGGAGGGAAAAAAAACAUGGAGGAAGAAGCACUGAAUGAAGUCUGGCCAGAGGAGUCAAUGACAAUGUUCCAGUUAUCUCUUGCUGCAGAACAAACCACCCCAAAACUUAGUGGCAUAAAAUAAAAACUAUGUAUGCUUGCAGAUUCUGUGGGCCAGGAACUUGGACAGGGCACUGCAUAGCUGUGUCUUUCCUGCUCUAAGACGCCUGAGGCCUCAGUUGAGAUGACUCUGUUGGCUGGAGGUGAUCUGAACAGGUAGGAGCUGGGGCUACUUCCAAGACACUCCUUCAUUAACGCAUCUGAGCUGGGCUGGCUGGAGAAUGGGCUCAGCUGGGACUGCCAACCAAAUGCCUAACUGUGGCCUCUCCAGCAUGGAAAUCUUAGGGUAGUUGAGCUUUUGAUGCGGUGUCUCAGGGGUUCAAGAGUAAGCAUUCCCAGUGGACAAGGCAGAAGACACGCAGCAUCACUCCCAACACCCCUUAUUGGUCAGAUAUAUUGUAAGACCAAUGAGAUUUUUAAGGGAUGGGGACAUAGAAUCCACCUCUAGAUGAGAAGAAAGGCAAAUAAUUUGCAGGCAUGUUUUAAAACUGUCACAGAAGGCUUUACAGAAGAGGUGACUCUUGAGUUGGAAUUUCUUUUUUUGAGGCAACAUUUACAGAACAUAAAAUUAAUCAUUUAAAUUGUACAAUUCAGGGGAAUUUAGUGCAUUUACAAUGUAUGAUCAUCACUUCUAUCUAGUUCCAAAAUGUUUUCAUCACCCUGAAUCCCCAUAUGCAUUAAGCAGUUUCUCCCCCAUAUCCCCCCAUACCCAUUAAGCAGCUUCUCCCCCAUAUCCUUCUCCAACUACCAGUCUGUGUUAUGUCUCUAUAAAUUUGCCUAUUCUCAAUAUUUCA